AUGAAGCGACACACCCCCACCCUCUACACGCACGCCGAACACGACGCGGACGACGAAGGCGAUUCGAGCAGCUGGUCGAGAGCACAGCAAACGCCUCCAUCUUCAUCAGGUUCUAUUAACUCGAAACGACCCAAAGCGAAACAGCGGGGCCCGUUUUCGCCAGCUCCGAAUAUAUCUACUAAUGUGUCUGCUUCGACCUCGGCGUACCCGCAAAGAGCCUAUCCCAAUAUCUACAACCAGUUCAUUCGACGAUAUCGGACAGCCCCAGGCGUGGACGACGAUCCACGCAAUGAUCCAGACGUCCAUUAUUAUCAUCGAGGACUGGGGCAGCUUGUGGAUGCGGGAGAUAGUGACGACGAGGACACUAGAGGUGCCGCCGGUGGGACCAAUGGAGAGGUCGAUCGAUUGUCCUCACUUAUGCUGGACACCGAACCCAUCGAGCCGGAGACAUUGGAGGAUCAAGAAAGAUUAGAGUGGCAGACCAUGCUAGCCUCAGUGUUGGCUGGGGAUGUUCUCAAGUCUGAGAACACGCGCAUUGCUGUCGCGCUCAAGUCAUCAUCGGAGGAGGAGAAUAACCUACGCUUGGACCUCUGGCUAGGGAUCCGUGCGAAGCUGCAUGGGAGGAUAAUGGAGGAGGAGCGGAGGAGACUAGAGGAGAGAAGAUUGCGUACUGUCGAUGCAGUCAUCAAGGAGAUCAUGACUUUCCGGGUGGAGGACCUUCCGAAUGAUUCCCCUGAGCCUGCGGCUACGCAUGCGUUGCGACAAGUCAAUGCUGUUCUACAUCAACUCGACAUUGCUCAUUCUCUCUACCCGAGCUAUCGAGCUCUCUAUUUGGACUAUCCUGCUGCCGCAGACUCGGAUUUCCGGAGGCGUUGUGAUACGCUGAAUACCUGGUCGACACUCAUUGGUCUUCUGCGGAGAUGGACUGGUAGCGAAAGCUUGGACGUCACCCAACCUACUUCCACUCCUACUACACCGUUCGCUCCUAACGGCAACCAAAGCGACAACGCUGCGCAUGGUACGACUUUCGUCGACCGGUUGUUGAAAGAGGACUCCGUGCAGAGACAGUUCGAGAAAGGAUCUAUGACUACCAUUCAUGCUCUCGUUGGUACUACUCGCGACGCCCACGUCAAUCUGGCGAAUAUGUUCAGGCAAAUGAAUCUUCCUUCAUUUGAACGGGAGCUCGUGCCGCUGGUGUCGUUCCUGACAAAUCUCACUCAGGCAGUUCUACGUGUACGCUUGGAUUACGCGCAGAAGCUGAAGAAUCCAGACAUCUUGAUCAUCGACCAAAUGACGGAGGACCUCAAGGUGAAGAUAGGAUUCGCAUGCACGUUGAAGAGGCAAUACGAAGCGUUCUUGAUACCUGAUCCGGGUGGUAACUGGCAGUUACCGCCGUGUAUCAGUCCCGAUUAUGAUUCCGUCAUCUUGGAGGCCUUGACCUUCUUUUUCAAAUUAAUUCACUGGAAGCUGAAAAGUGGAGCAAAAGGUAUCUAUUUCAAGGAGACCGAAGUAAUCGAAGCACAGUGGGCAACAUUUAGCGACGUGAGCUUGACCAUUCCCGGUGGAGCAUCGCUUGUUGCCGAGCAGCUAUGUGCGCUUACCAACAAGUUGAUGGUCCGUGUUACGAACUAUUUUGAUACCCAGAUACGCAUUCCUGUCCAAGACGAUUCCUCGCGUAUGCCCGUCAGUCAUGACCGCAAGUCGCACCAUGGCAACACCGACUCCGCUUUCCAGUCGCACAUAAAGACGAGUCCGUCCACCAAGAAGGUCAUGACGAACGAGCAACGUAUAAGUUGGUAUGGGAAGAUCUUAGAAGGAGUCAAGCAGAGGUAUCGUAAGCUGCAACGUCUAGCACGGGUGCUCACUCAGCGCUUCAGCAACUCCGCAGAAUAUGACCUCGAGGAUGUCCCGAUUGAUCUAUUUAUUGCAACGCUUGUGGAGUCGGACCACUUCCUCGUUUACACUCAGACUUUCGAGGAGGAUGGGACAUACAUUGUCGCACAUCCUAGUCUCCGUGACCGUCCAGAGGAUAUUCGACGGAUCCUCAUGGAGGCUUUCCAUGCCAACGAAAUUGACGAAGGCGGUUGGUUAAUGGAAGGCGGUGACCAGGAUCAGGAUGAGGAGGAGGAUGUGCCUUACCUCCUCGUCCUUUCUCCGCGCACCCAUUUCCUAUGGAAUGGUCUAGUUCUCAUGCUGCAUAUACCCACAUUUGAUCUUGACCUAAAAGACAAUCGGGUGCGUCUGGUUGCAGAUGGAUCACAGCAUCAGCUAGCUUCAGCCAAAGCACGGUUCGCGGAACUUUUCAUGCCUGUGGAGGAGGAUGGAGAGACGAUUGAGCCACCCUUAGCUGCACCAGUCUGCCUCAUUGGACAGCAGGCCCAUCUGCCAACGGUCAACCGGGAACUGCGCAAGAUCAACCGCAUCAUGAACAAGCUAGCUGAGUCUAUCGUAGAUUCUGUUCAAUAUGUGCGUACUGCGCUGCAUGAAGCAGUCGGCUAUCAGGAGCUGCUGGAGAAUUGGUACAGCUUCGCUUCAGAACACGGUCAACAUGUCCAGAAAUACAUGGACCGGUCGACGCUGCUCAAGUUCAACUGGCUGUUGAUCAAGCUGGCUAUCUCUUGGGUGUCCUUCAUAUGCGAUGACUGUGAUCCUAAUGACCGGAGGACGUUCAGGUGGGCGGUUACUGCUCUUGAGUUUACUCUCCAUCGGACGAGACGCAACAACAUUCUGCAGCUUCCUGACAAUCAAUUUGAGAUGCUUCGACAGAAGGUGGCUAGCUGUAUGACGCUGCUCAUCAGUCACUUCGACAUUCUUGGUGCUCGCUCCACCCUCGAGGCCAAGAGGGAGAAAGAGCGACAGGAGGAACUCGUGCGACAACAAUCGGUCAGCAGACAUACGCACGAGGAAGACGUCCUAUUCGAUUUCCCGCUGGAUCGGGACGACACUACUAUUGCAUACACAGACCCUGUCGUUCGUACGUUCUGGGAGAAGACUAUUCGCGCUGUGCGGGACGUAGAAGAUCGGAGAGCUCGCGUGGGCAUCGAGCAACACACCAUAGGCCGCGUGUUGGAUGAGGAGAAACUUGUGGACCGUUCGCUGGUCUUUCUCGCAGGGUCUGCAUCGAACGUGUCAAUACGCUGGCAACAGGGCCGAUUCAUUGGCGCAGGGUCAUUCGGAUCCGUUUAUCUCGCUGUCAAUCUUGACUCGGGAUCUUUGAUGGCAGUGAAGGAGAUCAAAUUCCAAGAAGUCGCAGGUCUACCGAACUUGUACUCGCAGAUCAAAGAUGAGCUCAACGUCAUGGAAAUGCUUCAUCACCCGAACAUCGUCGAGUACUAUGGUAUUGAAGUACAUCGUGAUAAGGUGUUCAUAUUCGAGGAAUAUUGCCAGGGCGGCAGUUUAGCAGCCUUGUUAGAACAUGGACGCAUUGAAGAUGAGGGCAUCCUCCAGAUCUAUACAAUGCAGAUGCUGGAGGGUCUUGCAUACCUGCAUUCAAAGGGCGUCGUCCACCGGGAUAUUAAACCCGAUAAUAUCCUCCUUGAUCAUAUGGGUGUCAUCAAGUUCGUGGACUUCGGGGCUGCUAAGAUCCUUGCGAAAAACCAGCGAUCCAUCCAACGCUCUCGCCGUUCCGACGUACCAAGUGGCGCUGUAGGAGGAUUGGGGGUGCAUAACAGUCUCACGGGCACUCCCAUGUACAUGUCUCCAGAAGUCAUUAGAAACAGCUCCCGCGGACGACAAGGUGCAAUGGAUGUCUGGUCGCUAGGCUGUGUAGUACUUGAAUGUGCCACGGGCAGGAAGCCGUGGAGCAACCUCGACAAUGAGUGGUAAGUAAUCAAAGCUCUCAGUGCGCAUAUAAGUGAUUCUCAUGCAUAACAGGGCGAUAAUGUUCCAUAUCGGUGUCGCGACGCAACAUCCGCCACUACCAGAGCCUGGUCAGCUGAGCGAGAAGGGUAUUGAUUUCAUCAGGCAGUGCCUGACGAUCGAUCCCAUACAACGGCCCACCGCCAACGAGCUCAUGGACCAUCCAUGGAUGCUUGAAUUCCGUGCCGCGCUUGAGAGCUACGAGGAGGCUGAGUUGGCGACAAGCCCUCC